AGAGGGAGCGGCAGCAGCAGGAGGCAACCGAACUUCACUCGCUUCGGGUCUGACUUUUACGCAGCUUUUACGCAUAGCAUUUGGCCGAGUGGAUCCGCUAACCUCGCAAAAUUGUCGACAUCGUGGCGUGGCCGCUAUGGCGUCCGGGAGCUGAAGUAUAUUUGCUCGCCAAAAUGAGCAUCCACGUCACUUGUGGAUUUGUUUGAGAAAUCGCGCCGUUCGUCACUGAAGUGUCGAGCAAGUGAAUGGGAGAAUUUCACAUUAGGUCGGUUCCCAUAAGACUUUUUGUUGACUGUAAUGCAUCUGUGAGAGUUUCCCCCUUCCGAAUUGCUGUCGUUCGGAGCAGGGGGGGAUUUUGAUGGAUUUUUUAUGCCGGACCCGCUAGGAUGGACGUGGUAGAUGAAACUGAAGCUCUACAGAGAUUUUUUGAAGGCCAUGAUAUUACCAGUACUCUGGAAACCGCCAACAUCGACACCAGUAUCCUGGAAGAGUACAUCAGCAAGGAGGACGAUAGCACUGACAUCUGUUUCUCAGAGGUCCACAGCACCCCGGGACCAAAUUAUUCAUCUCCCCAGGCAGGAGUGUCCUCCUCUGCGGGGUUGGUGUGCGGCGUGAGCCCUCCGAUUCCCCUCCGCCAGGGAGUCCCGCCCCCCGGACCCCAAAACUGUCCAAACGCGUACCCUCCAGGUCCUUCGCUGAGCUUGCGCCACAGUUACCCCUGCCUGGGUCAACAUCAGCAACACCAACAACACCAGCACCACCAGCAGCACCAGCAGCAGGCUCACGUCAAACCCGAGCACAGAGGCCACUACGCCCCUGGAACUCUUCCUGAGUCUCCCCCAGACUCAAGCUCAGAGCCGUACUCUCCUCAACAGGUGAAUGAACACCACAUGAUCAGGACCAUGACACCGGAAAACAUGUGUCACAUGACUCCAACGCCACCCCUUCCGCCUCACGGGCAUUAUCCCAGCAUGCACCGGGACAUGUACCUAAAGCCUGAGCCUAUAAUAUCACAGUACCCCAUCGGUCCGGCCACGAGUGCAGGUGGAGGAGACCUGCAGCAGGCGCAGAUGCUCCACCAGCUUCUGCAGCAUCCGCAGGGGCAGGACGGAAUUCCCGUUCACCAGGCCAAAAAGAGGAAGCAUUCUGACUCACCCAACAGCACGCUCAAUUCUCAAAUCCUCACAGGUAUCAUCAAACAAGAACCAGGUUUAAUGCAGGAUGCCGAGAGCGGAUACAUGGACCCAAAUUAUCAGUGCAUCAAGUGGCAACCUCACCAGCAGAACAAGUGGACGCCACUUUACGAUGCAAACUGCAAAGAGCUGCCGAUGCCGACCUACCGGGUUGACGCCGACAAAGGCUUCAACUUCUCCUUGUCCGACGAUGCUUUUGUGUGCCAGAAGAAGAACCAUUUCCAGGUGACCGUGUACGUGGGCAUGCUGGGAGAUCCCAAGUACGUCAAGACAAGUGAAGGCCUUCAGCCCAUCGACUGUUUUUAUCUCAAACUCAACGGAGUGAAAGUGGAGGCCAUGAACCAGUCCAUCAGUGUGGAGCAGUCGCAGUCUGAUCGAAGCAAGAGGCCUUUCAAGCCAGUUCUGGUCACUUUGCCCCCAGAGCAAGUCACAAAAGUGACAGUGGGACGGCUCCACUUCAGCGAAACCACAGCAAACAACAUGAGGAAGAAAGGCAAACCAAAUCCUGACCAGAGGUAUUUCAUGCUGGUGGUGGCGCUACACGCUCAGUCCCACAGUCAGACCUACACUGUGGCUGCUCAUGUGUCUGAGAGGAUCAUCGUCAGGGUAACGUCCAACCAUGCAUCCAACCCGGGCCAAUUUGAAAGUGACUCAGAUGUGCUGUGGCAGCGAGGCCAAUUACCCGACUCAGUCUACCAUCACGGGCGAGUCGGCAUCAACACAGACCGGCCGGACGAGGCCCUUGUUGUCCACGGUAAUGUCAAGGUCAUGGGCUCCCUUGUGCAUCCGUCUGACAUCCGAGCCAAAGAGAAUGUACAAGAGGUGGACACCACAGACAAUUUGAAACGGAUUUCUCAGAUGAGGCUGGUCCAUUAUCAAUACAAGCCCGAGUUUGCUGCCACCGUCGGAAUAGAGAACACUGCAGAGACUGGAGUGAUUGCUCAAGAAGUCCAACAAAUCUUACCUGAAGCAGUCAAGGAGGGAGGUGAUGUUGUGUGUGCCAACGGUGAAACCAUUCCCAACCUUUUAGUUGUUAACAAGGAGCGCAUCUUCAUGGAGAACGUGGGUGCGGUGAAGGAGCUGUGCAAGCUGACAGACAACCUCGAGACCCGAAUAGACGAGCUGGAGCGCUGGAGCCGCAAACUGGCCAAGCUGCGACGUCUUGAUAGCAUGAAGAGCACCGUGAGCGGAGGAACGGUCAGCCAGUCAGGAAGUUAUUUUAGCAGGACAGGAAGUGGUCCCCACAAAAAGAAGACGGUCAAACCUGGGAGCAAGAGCCAGCUUCCAGAUCAAGGCUGUAUCAGUCAGAGGUUCAUGCAGGGGAGCGUCCUGGCCCUCGUCAUUGUCAUGGCCUUCAGUGUCAUAUCCAUGUCCAUCCUUUAUGUACUGACUCUUCAUCAUAGAGGAGACAUCACAGACAAAGACGACGGGUCAAGAGCUGCAAUGGGAUCCUCACACAAGAGUCCAUUUAUUCUGGUUUCCACGACCCCUGCAUCAGUUUGCUGUUCGACCACAGCCUCGAACAACCAGUCCUCGACUAUUGUGACAUUAAAUAGCAACCAGUCUGCUGCAGCGCCAGACAACUUGGUUCCCACGCCAGGCACCAUUAAUAAGAAGGCCAAGUCCAGAAUAAUGGAUAAGGAUGGACGCAACAGAAACCGCCUCAGUCACACGUCUGCGCCACUGUACCUGUCCAAGUCCAAAAGGCCUGCAUCGACAGAUUUGGACGGAGCGGGAGCCGCCAACCGUCUGCCUGGCGGACAGCAGCUACCACCACGCAGGCAACGCAGUGCAUAUUUAAAGGGAGGAAGAUCAACUCCAUCUCUGACUGGUCUUCAUAUAGUGGAGACAGACCAAGAUAUAACAACACACCAAUGUAAAACCCCCGACAGCUGCAGCUUCACAAUAUCCCUCCGCGGAAACACAAAUUCUUCGCUAUCGCAACUCACUUUGCACAUGAUGUCCACUGACAGUGUGUGGGUCCAGCAAUGUAGAGCCACUAAAGGACGUCUUUGUCCAAAUCACAAAGAGACUGUGCUGUACAGUGGACGAAAAGCUUCAACACAGGGAACUCAUCACUUGUGGCCAGUGCCUCUGCUGUCCUUCCAAGACAUCACCUAUCACUUUCGUGUCUCCUCGUCUGAUGGAACGAGCUGUGCCACCGAGGGAGAAACGACCUCCUACUCCGACUACCAUUUUGUCAUUGAAAGCAGCUGCGUGUGAGAUGUGAGACGACGCCUGCCCACUUCCUCGUGCCUUAUCGCGACCCAUGUUCGCCUGUGGAUCUUUUCUCAUUAUUUGUACAUUAUUUU